AUUCCCGACACAGCCCGCACUCCUCGUCUUCUCCGGUCGACACUCCGCCGCUCUGACAUAGGCGCCGUCUUCUCUGGUUGACACUCCGCCGCUCUGACAUAGGCGCAUGGACGCCGGUCGCCGGAGAUCCCCUGCUUCGCGCUACUCCCCUGCUCUCCCGCGCGUCCGCCGCCGCAGCUGCCUCCUCCGCCGCUCCCUUCUGCCUCGCGCAGCCCCCCAGCCUCCCUUGCCUGCCUCCCGAAUCUUCCCUCUUUUACCCAAAAAAUUGUUUCUUCUUCCUCCCGCCGCGUCUCCUGCUCGCGGCCACCCCUCCCUCCUAGCGUUGAUGGAAGAAGCAUGGCCGGCCCUCGGCCCGACGGCCUGCGACGCGGCCUUCCCACCCCCGCCCCGGCCCCCAUGGCGUGGGGCGCGGCGGGAGACGGUGGCCAAGGAAUCGUCCGCGCAGGCGGUGAGCAGAAUCGUGUCCAGCUGCGCCAACUCGAGCGGCCUGGCCGUGGCCGCCGUCGACGCCAACGCCGCCAUCUCGGGCGGCGCCGUGCUCGCCUCCACUGCGGGCCGGCAGGUCACGGUGCUCGAGGAGGUGUGCGACGCCGCAGCACGCCGGAGGCUCGCGCUCCUGCCCACCCCCGUCGAGACCGUCGACCUAACCCCUGAGUUCGUCAAGAGAGGUCGACUGUUUACUUAAUCCAGCCUAGCACCUCGUACUGCUACUUUCAUUUGCUGAAUAGAGUAGGGCCAGCUUGAACCGUGUGCACCAGGAAGAAGACCAGCCCAAAGUUGAUGAAGUGAGACAGCCAACAGGAUGCCCAUGCAAAUCAAUUUCGAGCAAGGCAAAGCUGUUUGGAUCCUCAAAUACAGGAGUAAUUAAAAGAGCAUGUACCAUCUGCAACAUCUCAAGAAAUUCAAAGAAAUUCAGAAUACGGGAGGUUGUGCGGCACCGAGCGGAUGUACGGCGAGGUCUUCGAAUGGUGUCAAGUCACCCUUGCCAUAUGGAACAUAUGAGGAGCAGCAGCAGCACAAGGAGCAACUCCUUACAGUAGCAGAGGCAGUCGCCGACAGCAGCAGCAGAUGCAGUCGCCAACAGCAACAACUGGUCCGCGCGGACUCGAUCGGGCGGACUGCAGCGGCAGAAGUAGGUGGCGGGCGAAGGCAGCGGCAGGCGGCAACGGCAGGUGGCGGACGGACGGCAGCGGCAGCAACAGGAUCCCGCCACCGGGGAAGACCCGCGUGGCCCUGCCUGCCAAAGUCAGGGAGAGGGAGCGGCGGCUGGGGUUGCUGCAGGCACGAGGAACCUGCGCCGGCGAGGAGAGCGACGAGGAGGAGGCGCCCGUCGAGGAGGAGGCCGCCUUGGAGGAGCAGCUACAGUCGGGGUCGGGCUCCUCGGAGGAGCAGCCGCAGUCGGGGUCGGGCUCCUCGACGACGCAGGCGGCGCCGGCGCUGGAGGCGAUGCUGCUGCCCCGCUCGCCGGCCGUGCUCGAGCCCCUCGAUCUCCUCCCUCCUCCGGGACGCGGAUGUGCUGCUCCUGUCCCUCGACGACGCGGCCGUCCUCCUCGGCGAUCUCGUGGCCGACAGCGGCGGCGAAGUCCACGGGCAGGUCAGCGGGGCGGUGGGAGAGCGCGGCCAGGGCCUCGCUGGCGGGGGCCGGACGGUGGAUGGAUCGGGCGACGGAGGAAGGAGGAAGAAGCUGAGGGGGGCUGAUUUGCAACAGUUUAAAACGUAGAAAGGGUUUUUCGCAAAAUUAAAGUUGAACUAAGUCGCGGACAACUUUUCCCGGACGGAGGGAGUAUGCAUUUUUUUUGACGGGUUGAUAGGUAUGCAGUUAACUGUCGCCUGUACCAACAAAAGAGUGUCUUCGUAUCAGACUAGCAGCAUAUGGCCGCUGGAUGAGCAGUGUGCCCCCUGCGCACAGCGCACCUCCCGUCCGAAGUUUUCAAAAUUAUAAAAACCGACGAAGUUGGUUACGUGGGAUUUGCUAAUAACUGCUGA